CUUAUAGAAAUUGUCUCCGAAAACUGUAAGGAGAAGUUCCUAGAAGAAGAAGAAGCUAGCUCAUCUGAUGCGAUCCUCAAUUCCAUGGAAAAUGACAGUUGUACAUCAACACGCAAUACAAGGGAAUUGCAUCCAAUGGGAGACACAGAAUACAUUGUUUUGUUGCCCUCUUAAAACUUUUGAGCUUAAAUUAAUUGGCCAGCCAGCCCCUGUAAUUUUACCUUCGAUUACACCGAAGCCGCUCUCCCCUGUACGUGUUGAUCUUUCAGUUCCCAUCCUAUUUAUUAAAUGAAACAAAACAACUAUUCGCAAACUCGUUGUUCCAGUCGUUCGUGUAUAUUCGCUUACCUUUUCCGAUACAACUUUGCGAAGUAUGGGCUAAUAUUGAAAGUGUAGGACAAAUACAGCGAUACUCGAUCUCGGGACCUGGCGAUGAUACAUAGGAUCGCCAACUGCAUGGGUUUUGAACAAUCCUAGGAGGAAAUGAAUAUAAUUUUGUGUUAUAUCUUCAUCUCUUUGGAGACAUCGAUCUUUCUUUCAAUUUGUGUAGAAGGAUUCUGUAGGGGGAAGGAAUGGUUCCUCCCCAAUUUAUUUAUUUAUUUAAUUAAUUCUACAAAAUUGGUAAUGCCAAGUGUUUUCAUGUUUAUUAAAAUUUCGUUAAAAAAAGGUGAUUUGGAUUUGGGAAUGUGAAAAUCUAUGGAUGCUGGUCUUUCAAGGACGUAAUUAAUGAGGGUGUGAAUGACAGACGUUUUAAUUAUCUAGAAGCUCUUUUAUCCUGGAAUUUACAAGAUAUUUGUUAGUGAAUCUCACAAUUAAUUCAUCUCAUGUUAUUUGUAUCAACUUAUUUACAUUAUUUUUUUUACCAUUAGCAUUUAUUAAUAAAGGCAAGUUUACAUGUUGUUAGGAAUGUUAAUGCCAUCUUGCUUUGUUGACUGCGAAGAAUUCUCUUGUUGGUCCUCUUUUAUUUAACUAUUUCGAUUACGUAUAGCUACAAAUACGAAUAAUCACUACCAGACGAUUGUUACUAAUAGAAACAAAUACGAACUGAUAUGUACAAUACAAACAUAAUUCCUACUGGCAAUGGAUUUCGACACUUCUAUGGUGUUAUUCGCAAUAGGGAGGAGAGGACCGGACCAUGUGGGAGGAGGGGAUUCUAAGCACAUAAAUUUGUACUUUGUCUUUCGUUUAAUAGUAUGAAGAAGAUUGGAACCCAAACCUUAAUUUAUUGUCUUUCUUUUAUGGUAAUUUAUCGUAAUUUAGUCGUUUAUCGUGAGGAAAUUAUCUAACCAGAGGCAUUUUGUAAAAUUACAAGUGUGAAUAUAAGUGGAUUUAGUGGAAUGAUUCGUAAAAUUAAAAAAAUAGAGUAUUUGUGAGAAAAACUCUUGUCCCACGGUGAAACCAGAGACAAUUUAUUAUUAUUAUUAUUAUCAAUGAACCAGAUACAUUUGCUAAAACCUAAACCAAAAAACAAAAAAAAAAACAAAUAUCUUUGUUCAGCAAAAUGAUAUUGAAAUAUCUUUUUUUUGGUAGAAAAUUUUAAAUAUCUUUGUUUCCCUUUUUCUAUAAAAGUUCAGUGAAUAUAAAAAAAAAAAAAAACAAAACACCCUCCUCUACUUUCUCACCUUGGACCUGCUAAUAUCUCUAUAUAAGAAGGGCCAGAGCAUCAUCUUCAAACCCAUCGCUUCUCCCUUCCUUCCUUCAACCUCCUCUCCAAAUCUGCUCAAUCACAUUCUCCAUUUUCAAUCCUUCUUCCUCCUCACUUUCUUAAACCUCUAGCAAAACAAAGAAAGACAACAACAAUGGUUGUCCCUUCCCCAAUUUCCUUCUGGGCCAAGAAAUCCAGGGCUGUCGGAAUCCCGACCGUCGACCUAUCCCUGGACAGAGAAUCCAUGUCGGAAUCGAUCGUGGACGCCUGCGAAGAGCUCGGGUUCUUCAAGGUUGUCAACCACGGCGUCGAUAUGGAGGCAGUUUCCCGCUGGGAGAAGGAAGGUGCCGAAUUUUUCGCCAAGCCGGCGCCGGUGAAACAGAGGGCCGGACCGGCGGCGCCUUUCGGCUACGGCUGCAAGAACAUUGGGUGCAAUGGCGACACGGGCGAGCUCGAAUACCUCACCCUCCAUACCAAUCCGGCUUCACUUUUCGAGCGAUCGCUCACCAUCUCUGAAGAACCGGAGAAUUUCAGAUCCGUGGCGAACGAUUACAUAGAGGAAGUGAAAGACCUGGCUUGUGAAAUCCUCGAUUUGGCCGCGGAGGGGCUGCAGAUCGCGGACAAGUACGCCUUCAGCCGGCUGAUCAGGGACACUCACAACGACUCGGUCAUCAGGAUCAACCACUAUCCUUGGGGGAAAAAGGGUCCCGCCCCACAGCGGGACCAACGACCUUCCCCCAAGACGAGGAUCGGGUUCGGGGAGCAUUCGGACCCUCAGAUCCUGACCCUCCUCCGAUCCAACGAGGUCUCGGGCCUCCAGAUCUGCACCAGGGACGGUUUGUGGGUCUCCGUCCAGCCGGACCCCAACGCGUUCUACGCGAUCGUCGGCGAUGCAUUUCAGGCACUUACCAACGGGAGAUUCAUGAGCGUGAGGCACAGAGCGCUGGCCAACUCAACGAGAACUCGAAUGUCGAUGAUGUACUUCGGCGCGCCGGCGUUGGACGCGUGGAUUUGUCCCGUGCCGGAGUUGAUCUCCCACGACAGUCCAUGCCUGUACCAGCCUUUCACCUGGGGAGAGUUCAAGUCGGCCGUCUAUGCCAUGCGGCUGGCCGAUUCACGACUUGACCUCUUCAAGAAAGUACACCCACCGUCUUCUUAGCUCUAUAGCUAUACAAUCUUGUUAGUAAUAUGCCCUAAAAGAGUUGAUAGAAAAUAUUUACGAAUUUGUUUGUAGAUCAUGUCUGUAGUGUCAUAGAGAUCGAUGUAAUUUUUUUUUUUUUUUGGUCGGGUUGAAACCUUUAGCAUGUUUUGCUCGGUUGUGUAGAGGAAGAAACAAAAGGAACAGAAGAAAAGAAAAAAGCCACAUAGAUGAUAGACAAAUAAAUAUGGCUCAUCGCCCACAGCUAAGCUAGCUGGAUGUAAAUAGUGCCUAGUUUUGUCCCUCUAGUUUUUUUCUCCAUUUAUUCUUUUCACCCGCCAAUUGUUCAAUUGUUAUUGUUUGCUGUUUCGACACAUAUAUAUAAUAUAUAUAUAUUUGUUUUGUAAUUUUGUUCAUUUUAGGGUGGCGUUAUAGUUUUCCGUUGUGAGAUUGGAAGAGUUUUCUUCUGUUCUCGAUAAGUCGAUGGACUCGAGGAAUGUGUUGGAUUGGAAUCGGUUUUAUAGCGAGAAACUUCUGGUGUUUUGAAUUUAAUAAAUGCAUUUUUGAUUUGUAUGAGGAGCAACGAUUCUAAAUAUGGUUCGCACUUGUUUAACAAUAGUUCGAACUUCGAAUGAAAGCGUUUGAUAAUUUUAAUAGUUUUUUUGAGAAUAAGGUCAUUACUAUAACUAUUGCUACAGAGAAAAGAUAAAUGAUAAACUUGACAUGUGUGCUAUUAGUGGCGUAGCCAGAAAUUUUGUUAGGGUGGUUCCAACACUUUAAAGAAAAUAAUUCAUAACUUAUAUUAAUAAUUUACCAUAGUCCACAACGUGUUUUCAUAUUCAGAAAAGUAUGUAAAAUACAUUCAUCAUCCAAAAGAUCAAGGAUGUAUCUAUCAAUGUAAUGAACAAAAAAAAAAAUCAUUCAUAAUUUCAUCAUUCAUCCAAUUCUGAAGUGUGUUUUUCACGAAGUUCAUUGUAGAAAAGAAUGUAAAAUACCAUCAGAUAUCUUGAACCUGCUACAAAAUAUGGAUGAAAAUGAACAUGAUUGAAAGAAAGAAUAAGAGGAGGAAGAGUCGAGAUUCCCAACUCAACCCCUUUAAUUACUUCAUUCUCACCACUUGGUAAUAAGAUUGAGUAGAUAAUCACAAUGAAGGAGGUUAGUGACUCACUAGCAACCUCUGAACAAAAGCAAAGAGAUGCUUAACCACCAUUACCACCAAGAAUCAACUAGUAUCUUUUCCAAAAUUCGAUUUUUUUCAAGGAUAAGACAACUCACACUUGGCUUUUUACCUCACACUUUAUAUGCGGCGGCAUCGUCUACUGAUUCUGGCUUAACGUGGUAGGAUAUCAAAUGGACGAACCUGCAUAUCGACCCCAUUUUUGUUUUAAGCGCAGAAGACUCCUGGAUUCAGAUGGUAAUUUACUAUUGUUUGCUUAUUGUAUUUUGCUAGGAAUUUUACUUCAUUAGAUUUGUUGCCAAGAUUGUUAGCAUUGACCCAAAUCUCACCUUGAACCAUGAGAUUUGCAAGUCCGUGUUGUCUACAAAUUUGGACUCUUAUUAAAGUAUGUGGAUCCCAAGCAUUUUACUCCCCUAAAAUUGGAUUUGAAAAAUGAAGGUUUUCAUUAAAAUCUGGGUUUUAUAAAAUUAUGUGUUUAUGAUAGAAUUGGUCCAUUAAGAAUUUGGACCAAACUAUUGUAGCAUGGUGGAUUUUAUGAUGCACUUGUUGAAUUAGAUUUGUGGGUAUGAAAUACAAUUUACCUUAUUGC